CACAAUUUACUUCCGGCGCCAAUUUUUGAGAAAAAAUAUUUGACUUCGAAAUGUUAAACUUGUAUUAAAAUUAGAAUGGUGCAUAAAUAUCCAAACUAUUUGAAUAGAAAAUUUCUAUUCAACGUUUGACUUCCAAUCCUCUCCCAAUUACAAUCUACCCAAAUGCAUUGAUGCAAUGAAAGAAUCGAGAGACACGCUCUCACCAUUGGGAAGGGUCAGCCAAAAGCAAGCAGGUACAUUUGUCCAGCGUUCAGUAACAAGUGGAUCACCUACCGCAAGCACAGGGAUGUCCAAGAAAACAGUACUCAGACAGUUAGAUGCAGAAUUACAGGUACGUGCUGAAAGACUGAAGAUGUGGAGUCAUGGUGAUGCUGGUAACCAUGGCAUCAAUAAUAACAAUGUUAAGAAUGGAAAUUAUGGUAACCAUGGUGACAGCAAUAGAAACCUGCCUACAACAAGCAAACCAUCAGAGGGCAGUACCAUACAAAGACCUCGUCCCAGUAAUCAUAAACUCCAAACCAGGAUUAUUUCUCAACCAAAGUCAGGCAUACCACAGGUGAAAAGUGGCAAGUUAACUAAACUGGCACAGUAUAAACCCAGCUAUACCUGGAACAGAGGUGGUAGACUCAAAGAAUUAAGAAUCAGGUGUCUAGCACGCAAGUUUCUCUAUCUCUGGCUCCAGAAGGUGUUUGGGAGGUUGCUACCAUCAGAGGCAAGAGCACAUUAUAGGAAGAUUACAUUGAAGAAGUUGUUUGGGGAAUGGCAUAUGUUAUGGUGGUCAAGUCACAGAGAAUGGAGAUUGAACUUUAGGGCUGAAUGUCACUACAGGUACACUAUGUGGAAUAAGGUUUGGCGACUGUGGCGGGAAUACACCUUAAAACAACGGGCUAAGACUGCAAAGUUUAAACUGGCGAUUCAUUAUGCUGAUGUUAGUUCACUGAAGCAUUGUUUUGAUAGAUGGAGAGAUUAUAUUGAGAUCAAACGGGAGAAGACAUCCAGGAAAAUCACAGCGGAACAUUUUGCAUAUCAGUUGGCUAUCAGACACGUUUGGACAGUGUGGAGGGGCAAACUUCUUGACUUGAGGGUGGAGCGGGAACAGGAAGUAGUAGCACACCAUAUAUGGCAACUACGUCUCCUCACUAGGUUUUGGAGUGUUUGGAGGGACCAUUAUCUUGCAUCUGUCGAGGCCAAAGAUUUGGAGACACUAGCGAUAUCUCAUAAUCGUACCAUGAUUCUAAGCCUUGUAUGGAAGGCAUGGAUGCAAUAUAUUAUCAAUCGUCGAGAAAAGUCAGCAAUCAAAGAAUUUGCGACAAGGCAUCAUAAUGAUGUUCUGUCUCAGCGAUACUUCCUUAUAUGGCAGAAUAGAUGGCACCAGCAUCAGAAGAGGGCCAGGCAUGCGGAGAGACUAGAUCAGUUAGCUAAAAGAGUGAGACUUCGCAGAAUAUUCACACAUUGGCAACACUACAUUGAUUUAGUGUAUGAGAAGCGAUCACAAACACAGAGAGCAGAAAUGCAUUAUAUGAGACACCUGUUGCGUGUUGGUUUCAAGGGAUUGCAGCUAUAUGUUGUACAAAGAAGAAUAAAGGUUGUCAGGCAGCAUAUGGCCUCACAGCUAAGGUGUAAAAUGCUGCUACAUCGUACCUGGAACAGCUGGUUGAACAGAUGUGAGUCUAGUGAGGAGCUAAAGAUGUUAAGUUUGUCUCGGAAAGCAUGGAAACACCACCAGAAGAAAGUUCUUCAAAGGGCAGUUGACCAGUGGAAGACCUAUGUUAGAUGGCGCUUCCAUAGACAAAAGCAGUAUGUAAUCGCAGAUGCUCAUUACACCACACGCUACAUACCACGUUUGCUUCAUCACUGGCAGCUGUUUGUAGAAAUCAGGCAGGACAAGAGGCACAUGGAGAAAGAGGCACUAUGUUUUCUUAGGGUUAAUACAUGUGCCAAGUUUUUCUAUACAUGGAGAAGUGCAUACUCACAGAGUUUAGAUAAUCGCAUGAUGGAGAAUAUGGCUAUACUGCAUAAUGAAGCAACUCUACGAAAGCAAUAUUUGAUCACUUGGAGGAUGAAAACUCAUCUUAGACUUGAAGAAAAAGAUCACCAGGUUUUGGCUGUAAGUCACUAUGGGACUGUUAUAUGUAGGAAGGUAUUCAGUGCUUGGGUAAACAUCAUCAGAGAGGCUAACAAACAACAUGCUGCUGAAGCAAGGGCAGAGAGACACAACAUUCAUACCAGGAAGACACUUGUGCUCAACGCUUGGAAAAGGUACACCCAGUAUAGAAGAGAGAAAAACAGAAAGACACAAAGGGCAAGACACCACUUUAAAGAAGUUGUCUGCAAAAAGGUCAUCAUAGUCUGGAGACAGGAGACAGAACAACACAGAGCCAGAGUAAAUGAGGCUGAGAAGAGAUACAAAAUAAAAUGUCUCAAGCACCUUAGAUGGGCAUUUAUUGAAUGGCAUAGUAAUACAGUUGAGGGAAAGCAACUCAAGGCCAAGACUUCAGUGGCUGAUUCUUGGUUCAGACACAAUACACUUAAUAAGGUUUUACAACACUGGAGAGACCAUGCAGUUGUGGCCAGAUAUAAGAGACAACAUACUAACACACAAGUCCAGGAAGCUAGGCUACAGUUGAACAAAGUUGUGCUAUUACAUAGCCUUGUUAGAUGGAGGGCUGCUAAAGACAGUGCAGUAUUGAGCAGACUGAAGCAAGAGCAAGCUGCCAUACACUGCAACCAUAAUGUGCUGUCUAAGAUCAUGAGAGCAUGGAGGCAAUAUGUCUCUUUGUCUCAUAAGAAACAGCUAUUAGAACAGCAAUGUAUCUGGUUGAGAAACACUCGACUCACAGUGACUAUGUUCAUGAAAUGGCGGAGUGUUUACCAUGAAAGUGUCCAGGAGCGAGCUAAGACUGGUAUUGCUCUCUGGCAGUGGAGCUUGGUGGUACAGCGUAAGUCCUUAAUAGCCUGGUACCAGUAUGUUCAGGAGCGUAAGUACAAGAAGAGGCGUCUAGAUACAGCAUUGAAGGAACAUCGUGCUCGAUUAGUAAAACGAGGAGUUACCCAAUGGUUGGCAGUUGCUGCGGAUAUUUCACAUUCCAGACGCAGACUGGCUGCAAAACGCCAGGCCCAGAGUGCAUUUGAUAAUUACUAUGUGGUAGAGAGAUGUGCUCUUCAUUGGAGAUCUGUAGUGCAGCAGAGAAAACACAAGCAGACUUUGAGGUCACAACACAAGAGAUCUCAAGACAAGGUCCCAUAUCCCAUAUAUGAUGAGGCAUGCAUGGGCACAGGUUUUAUUGCACCAGGUAUCACAAGGCAUGUACAAGAUAUUGAUAUCCAUAACAUGGGACUUAUGGGAGAACCCUCCGGUGAAAGGUGUACCAUACCUAGUGCCACUACUGGACCACAUCGACCUGGACCACACACACAUGUAGCAGACCCACAUCUACCUGGACCACACAUAGCAGAUCCACAUCUACCUGGACCACACAUAGCAGUCCCACAUCUACCUGGACCACACAUUGCAGACCCACAUACUCCUAGUCCAUCAAUGUUCUCUCCUAUCAAACCACAAAGGUUACCACCCAGAAAGCCAAAUUUCCUCCAGGAGUCUCUAAAGAGAGAAGGAUUGUAUAAAUCUGGAGAAGACCAAGCAUUGAGAGAACACAUAGAUCUGCCACUUGCUGACCCAGAAUCUCAUAAUACAGAUACAGAGAGGAAAAAAGUUGUACAUUUUGAGACUAAUCCUAUCAUAGACAGUACACCAAGAUUGCCUCCUCCUGCUCCAUCCCCCCAGAGAGUGCAACUUCAGCCUCCAUACCCCCAGAGACCUUACACCAUGGCUGCUCCACCUGGAAUGACCCCCCUGGAUAAUAGGCCAUACUCCAGCCCUGAAUGCUAUCCAGGAGUGAAUCCCCCUGGUGAUAUAUACACAAUAUCUCCAGAACCUAGAUUAAGAAACACUGAUCAGUCUGUACUCGGAGGCUCUAAAAUAUCCACUGAUGCUUCUAAGCAAUCUCUGACAUUAUUACCCCCCUCUGCUUUCACACAGAAAUUAACAGACUCACAAACUCAUGAUACAACCGAUGGAUUUAAUAAACUGAAUGAGGUUGUAUAUAAACCAGAUAAGGAUAUGCUUAAAUUAAAUGAUGAAAUGCUUAAAACUGAUGAAGGCAUAUUCCAUCUCACACAAGCCCAAGGUGCACCAUUUGACCAUGGUGUUAGAAGAGGUACAUUGCUCCCAGAAGGGGGUACCACAAGAGGUACAUAUGUUCAAGAGAAAGAUGCCCCAGACAAGCCAAGUAUGCAUUGUGAAGUAGAACACAUCAGAGACCAACUAAAGAACUGGCAGGCCAAUAAACAGAAACUCAAGGUGCUUAGAGAACAGAGAGAGAAGUUGCGUAGCUGGGUGUCUUGCCAGACCAUACAAGAUGACCACUAUCACACUGUGAAACACGAACUAAAAGAGAUGGAGGUUGAGAUGCAUGAAUUGGAAGAGUUGGUGUCUGAUGAAAAAGAAAAGUGCCAUAAACUAUUACACAGCAUCAGUCCUUUCAUAUCAGAACAAUAGAACUAACAUGUCAUUAUAUACAUCAUGCAAUGAAUACUUUGAACUUUGAAGUGAACUGACAGUAUUUUGCCUUCAAUCAGGAAUCAGAUCAAAGGAAAUCGAUCUAUUACAUUAGUAGACU